AUGCCAUUGCCGACAGAAGGCCAGCAGUGCCACUUUGAGGCCACACAUGGGCCAAGUCCGUUGGCUAUUAAAUUACUAUUAAUUGAUAUUUGUGUGUUUUGGUCCUGUUCGUCAGUAGGAAGUAGAUGUUUGGUGUUGAUCACAGUGAGUCUGGCGCUCAUUUGUGUUCUUCUGCUGGUCUUCACCAUACUGCAGCAGACCACCAUCACAGCAGAGAGAGACCUGAUAAAGAGUUACAAGAGCACAGUUGAAGAGUUCAAUCAAACUAUCAGCAGCUUACAGGACAAAUACACUGAUGAAAAAGACCAACUGCAGAACAACUUCAACUCUUUGAAUGUGAAGCUCGAGACCAGAGUCAAUAAUCUCACGACUGAGAAAAGCCGGUUGCUGAUCAACUUGGACUCUUUGAAACGGGAGUUAGAAAGCAGAAUCACAUCUUUAAAUGAUGAGCUGGGGAAAGAACAAUCUAAAAAGAGAAAUCUGUGUGGUCCAGUUUGUUAUUUCAUAGCCAAUGAGUUGAAGAGCUGGUCUGACAGCAGGCAGUACUGCAGGGAUCAUGGUGCUGAUCUGGUCAUUAUCAACACUGAAGAGAAGCAGAGACUCAUAUCUUCAUUAGUCAGUGAAAGAGUGUGGAUCGGUUUGUCUGACAUAGAGAACGAGGGCAACAUGACAUGGGUGGAUAGUUCAACAGUGAAUCAAACAUUUUGGUUUGAUGGAGAGCCAAAUAAUGCAGGUGGAAAUGAAGACUGUAUUGAACUGAUGCCUUCAGAGCCCACCCUGAACUGGAAUGAUCUGCCAUGCUCAGCGAACAGAAAAGGGAUUUGUGAGAAAUAGGGUUCAUCCCAUACUGUUGUGUUUUUAACUGCAUUGUUUUAUGAAAUCAAUGACAGACUGUGAUCGGCUAUGUUUCUGACUGAGGUCUUUUAAAACAGUUCACUUAUUUAAAUUUAUAUAAAAUGCUUUCAUGUCAUCAAUUUCGUUUUUUUUGGUUUUCUUUAACAUACAAGUUUAAAGUGUCUCAGAUUACCCUAAUUCAUCCUAUUAUUCUGAUACUGAUGUCUGAAUAAAAUGGUCAAUAACACAUACCUUGUAGUUUUAAAAUAAGCCUGAAGGACUUGAUUUGGUGGACCAGGUAUGUUUAAUUUAGGUUGAAUUGACUCAGGGCUGAGUUUGGCUGUGUUUACACUUGGCAUCAACAUGCAACCUGUAUCCAGAUGUUGUCCACAUACACACUGAAAAACACAAGUGUUAACGCACUUCUGAUCGCAAUGUUAUCCGAUCUGUGUGUUGUGGUCCAGAGGUAGUCGAGGACGGAUAUCAGUGUAAUGUAAAUGCAAUCCAACCAUAUGCAUUCGUAGGUCAACAUCACGCAAAACGCCACCCCCUCUCUUGUGAACUGUCAGAAAAGAAAAAAGAUGGAGAACAUCAGUGCUGAGACUAGUAUACUUUUGUUUGA